GGAAGGACCGGCCUAUCAUCCACACUUCCCCGAUCAAGCCCCGAGACGUCUCACAGAAUCAUGACGUCACAAACUCCGGCCAAACCGGAACCGUCGACCUCACUCUUAUUUAUUGAACUAAGUACACUUCUCAUCUUAGAAAAUUCAACAUAAACAAUAAUUUUGACAUUGGCGUUUAUUAGAAGGGAAAUUACCUCACGGAAAAAAGAUUGAGGUUCGCUCUCCGACUCCCUAUUCUGUUCAUUCUGUCGCUGAGUAAUCGACUGCGUGUGUGUGUUGAACAUAAAACCAACUAGAACUCUUCCACAUAUCCCGUCACCUCAUAAUUUCCAUACCUUUUACAUGUAAACCUAGCGCCUAGAUAGCGAGUACUUCCAUAAUGAGUUCAUCAAGUAUAACGCCCACAUUCCGGGGCGGCGAUUACGUCAAAUUCUUCGGUGCUGGUGCUCUCGCGGCAACUCUUACACAUGGCGCGGCAACACCCAUAGACGUCGUCAAGACGAGGAUCCAGGUAGACGAUGCGAUGAAAGGCCUGAACAUGGUCAAGGCCGGACGGUCCAUAGUAGCCAAAGAAGGUGCCUCGGCACUGCUCACAGGUUUCGGCCCCACGGCCGUCGGAUAUCUCGUGCAGGGCGGUGGGAAAUUCGCCGGGUACGAGUUCUUCAAGAAGAAGUUCAUCGACAUGACAGGGUCGCAGGAGAAGGCCACGCAGCGGCGCACCGCCAUCUACCUCGGCGCCAGCGCGACGGCCGAGUUCUUCGCCGACAUCGCGCUGUGUCCUCUGGAAGCCACGCGCAUCCGUCUCGUCUCGCAGCGCGGCUUCGCGUCGGGUCUUACGACGGGUUUCAUGCGUCUGGCUAGGGAAGAAGGGCUGCGGGGUUUCUACUCGGGAUUCGUGCCGCUGCUCUUCAAGCAGGUGCCGUACGCGGUCGGACAGUUCUCGGUGCACGAGGCGGCUGUCGAGGUGAUAUACCGCACGAUGGGCCCCGAGAGAAAGGCAAAAUUGACGCAACUGCAAUCGACCGGCGUGGAGUUAAGUUCUGGUAUCGUAGCUGGCGUGGCCGCGGCAGUGCUUUCUCACCCAGCAGAUACGUUGCUAUCGGCCAUAAAUAAGGGAGCAGGAGAUCCGAAACAGGGCGUAACAAGCAGGAUGUUCUCACUCGCGCGGGAAUUUGGUCCUCGGAGACUGUUACUUGCUGGUCUAGGCCCGCGUAUUUUUAUGACGUGCGGUUUAGUAGCAGGGCAGUUUGUCAUUUACGCUCAGUGCAAGACGCUGGUUGGGGCUCCGCCGGGUAUAGAAAUUCACAAGGAAGCGUCUUUGAAAUAGAAUCAAUCAUGCUGGAUCAGCACAUAUGAUAGACUAAUAAUAGACAGUUAGCAAG